CGAGGCGGCGGCGGCGGCGCGACUUCCCCAGGGGCCUUUCCCGCUGCCGCGAUGUUCAGCUGGCUGGGUACAGACGACCGCCGGAGGAAGGACCCCGAGGUCUUCCAGACGGUUAGCGAGGGGCUCAAGAAACUCUACAAGACCAAGCUGCUACCCCUGGAAGAGCAUUACCGCUUCCACGAGUUCCACUCGCCCGCCCUGGAAGAUGCCGAUUUCGACAACAAGCCCAUGGUCCUGCUGGUGGGCCAGUACUCCACCGGGAAGACCACCUUCAUCAGGUACCUGCUGGAGCAGGAUUUUCCGGGCAUGAGGAUUGGUCCUGAGCCAACAACCGACUCCUUCAUAGCAGUAAUGCAGGGGGACGUGGAGGGGAUCAUCCCCGGGAAUGCCCUGGUUGUGGAUCCUAAGAAACCCUUCAGGAAACUCAAUGCCUUUGGAAACGCCUUCUUGAACAGGUUCGUGUGCGCCCAGCUGCCCAACGCUGUGCUGGAGAGCAUCAGCGUCAUCGACACUCCAGGGAUCCUGUCUGGGGAGAAGCAGAGGAUCAGCCGAGGGUACGACUUUGCAGCCGUCCUAGAGUGGUUUGCGGAGCGGGUGGACCGCAUCAUCCUGCUGUUCGAUGCCCACAAGCUGGACAUCUCUGAUGAGUUCUCAGAAGUCAUCAAGGCCCUCAAGAACCACGAGGACAAGAUGCGGGUGGUGCUGAACAAGGCUGACCAGAUCGAGACGCAACAGCUGAUGCGGGUGUACGGGGCCCUCAUGUGGUCCCUGGGCAAGAUUGUGAACACCCCAGAGGUGAUUCGGGUCUACAUCGGCUCCUUCUGGUCCCACCCCCUCCUCAUCCCCGACAACCGGAAGCUCUUCGAAGCUGAGGAGCAGGACCUGUUCAGGGACAUCCAGAGCUUACCCAGAAACGCCGCUCUCCGCAAACUCAACGACCUCAUCAAGAGAGCCAGGCUGGCCAAGGUCCACGCCUACAUCAUCAGCUCUCUGAAGAAGGAGAUGCCCUCAGUGUUCGGGAAGGACAAUAAGAAGAAGGAGCUGGUGAACAACCUGGCCGAGAUUUAUGGCCGGAUCGAGCGGGAGCACCAGAUCUCACCUGGAGACUUUCCCAACCUGAAGAGGAUGCAGGACCAGCUGCAGGCCCAGGACUUUAGCAAAUUCCAGCCGCUGAAGAGCAAGCUGCUGGAGGUGGUGGAUGACAUGCUGGCACAUGACAUCGCCCAGCUCAUGGUGCUGGUGCGCCAGGAGGAGAUCCAGCGGCCUGUGCAGAUGGUGAAGGGUGGAGCUUUUGAGGGCACCCUGCACGGCCCCUUCGGUCACGGCUAUGGAGAGGGGGCUGGGGAGGGCAUCGAUGAUGCUGAGUGGGUGGUGGCCCGGGACAAGCCCAUGUACGACGAGAUCUUCUACACCCUGUCCCCCGUGGAUGGCAAGAUCACAGGGGCUAAUGCCAAGAAGGAGAUGGUGCGCUCCAAGCUGCCCAACAGCGUGCUGGGUAAGAUCUGGAAGCUGGCGGACAUCGACAAGGAUGGCAUGCUGGAUGAUGAGGAGUUUGCGCUGGCCAACCACCUCAUCAAGGUCAAGCUGGAGGGACACGAGCUACCCAGUGAGCUGCCUGCCCACCUCCUGCCCCCAUCCAAGAGGAAAGUCACAGAGUAACAGAGGCAGGGCCAGCUCUAGAAAGGCAGUAUUAGAGGAGGGUACAUACACAUGCACGCAUGCACACACAUCUCGACAGUUGCACUGUAGAUGAGAAGGCAUAGCUGUUCUGACCACUCCGGGCUGAUCCUUAUUUGGACACCUCGCCAAGUUCCUAGCAUUGGUAGAGGACAGCCCCACCCCGGGUCAUAGUGUACACGCCUGUGUCUCCACAUCUCUGACCCUCCCAUCCCCAGCUUUCCAGAGACCAGGACAAAUCACUGGCCCACAUGUGGCCCACCUACCCCUAUUCCCCAGCACCUCCACACUCUGGCUCCAAGCAGAUGGGAAAGGCUUUUCAUUUAAUAGGUAAUUCACUUUAUUUCCAAUCCACUCUAUUUUCCUGUGCUUUUCUUUCUCCCUCUUUGCCUUCCUAGUAAGAAUCUACUCAGGGUUUAGAGAUGUGAGCAAUGAAGGGCAGUGAGGCAGGAGAGCCGAGUUGGAAAGCAUCCUCUGAGCACUGUGUCCCAGACUUGAAGAGAUGUUGGCUCGUGCCAUGCGCCCUGUUCUGUCCCGUCCUAAGGCUCUGUCUUCCCAGCUUUGAACUCUGUCUGCACUUCAUUUCAAAGCAUCGCAGAUGGGGAGAGAAAAGAGAAAAACUUGGAAGAGUACGGCAGCCAUCUUUUGGCCUUCUGCUGGAAACCUGUCAGAGCGAUCCUAGCCCAUGGAUUUUGUCGUUUGGUGUUCUUCUCACCUGGCCUGUGAUGUCUGGAUGCUCAUACCUGACUCAUGCUUAUUCAGCCCCUCUGUCCCAGGAGCUGUGUUAGCAGCUUAUGUGCAUUACUGUCUGUGGGCCUUACUAAUCCCCAAGUAAGGAUCUGUUGGCCCCUAUUUUGUGGAAGAGGACCCUGAGACACAGAAGAGUUUAUGACUUUUCUAAAUUCACAGAAGCCACUCAUAACUGUGAGAAGAUGGAAAGCCAGGACCUCAGAUCUACAGUCUUGUCUCUGUACUGUGAUGUGUACAGGAGCCCAGCAUUGCUAUGUACUGGUAAAUCACAGAACAAGAGAGCAUGCAGGCCCCCUCACAGCCCCAGCACCAGCUGGCAAGGGAGAAGGACCUGCCAGCAUUUGGUGGGCCAUCAGUCUGGCCAUCUGUCACCUAAUAGAAGCAAACCGUGCCUUCUGGCUGUGCACCCCACGUUCCCAGCAUCACAGGCACCCAACCACGCAGCAGGAGAGUGGGCUAGGCUGCUGCCAGUCCCUGCGUGGCCUCCCACCCAUUAGCCUGACUCAUUCCAGCUCAAACGCAGCCACCGGUUCUUACCAGGCAGGGCCUUGUGCCGAUUCUCAGAACGCCAACUUUAGAGGCCGAGAGUCGUGUUCCUGUAGGGUCCCCGUGACUGCUACAACCUUUGCAAAUCCCACUGUACUCGGUGUGCUACACCUUCCUUCAUGGUCUCUCCCCAGCUUGCUCUGUGGCCACUGACAGUCACUGUAUCUGUUACUCUCUUACUGAGAUGGAAAAUGAAACAAGUAUAACUUAUUUUAUAUCUAUGUUCAAACUAUAUAGAGAAUAUUCUGUGUAUCUAUGAUGUGCUUACUACUGCAGUGCAUUCCUUGUUAGUACUCAUGUUAAU